CUUAUUUCUGUGUCGUACAGUAACAAUGACGUGAUUUCCUCCUUUCGGCACAGCAAGGAUAGCUAGCCUAUAUCUUCGAAAAUGAGUUUGUUUUUGCCAAAAUUAACUUGCAAAAAAGACAUUGAUGAAGUUAUUAAAGGGGUAGCAGAAAAGGUCGUAGUUCUGAGGUUUGGGAGGGACGAGGACUCGAUUUGUCUCCAUCUUGACGAGAUUCUGUCAAAAACUGCCCAUGACCUGAGUAACAUGGCGUCCAUCUACAUCGUGGAUGUGGAUAAAUCCCCUGUGUACACAAGAUACUUUGACAUCAGUUACAUCCCCUCCACUGUUUUCUUUUUCAACGGACAGCACAUGAAAGUGGAUUAUGGCUCCCCAGAUCACACCAAGUUUAUUGGCAGCUUCAAGACCAAACAAGAUUUCAUGGAUCUUAUAGAGGUCAUUUACAGAGGAGCCAUGCGUGGAAAGAUGAUUGUCCAGAGUCCCAUAGAUCCUCAAAAUAUUCCCAAAUUUGAUCUCCUUUACCAUGGGAUUUAAAAUCAAUACCUCCACUUUGUGAGCUUAUCCCAAGAGGAUUUCACUGAGUGGCUUCAACCACGUCUGACUGAUUUACUGAAUUGCUUUAUUGUCAAAAUAGCUUUAACAUUCAAGCAAUUAUAUGAAGUAUCACAAUAAAGCGCCUGAAGUUAAUUUUAAUAUAGAAUUGACUUGCCAAAAUAUACUGCUAUUUACUACUUGUCCUUUUGCUAUGUUUAAAUGUACCUUGUUGAGUUUUUGACCACUGUUUACACUAUAUUAAAACAAUAUAUAUUUUUGUA